GGAAGUGUCAGUGUCCGGGCGGCCAUAUUGGAAGCGGGGGAGGAAUAGUAACAGCGAGGAGAUAGUGGGGAGGACCGAGCUGACCUGGACUGAGAGGUGAGGGGAGCCGGGUGUGGACAGGGAGCGGGGUAGGUGACACGGGGAGGAGGGGGUAGGACAGGGGCCCCGCUGUUUGGAGGCUGCUGGGGGCCCAACAUUGCCGGGCAGGAAGUAGAGGCCGGGGCCGGUAAGCUGGGCCCACGUCUACCCCCAGGCUGUCAGGUAAACACAUCUGUCAAUCAUCCCCGCCAGCUGCCUGCCAGGGUCUGAUACAAAGCCACCAGCCUGGAGACCCCUCACCCUGAGACCCCCCCUCAAUCACCCUGAGACCCCCCCUCAAUCACCCUGAGACCCCCCUCGGUGCCUGGGGCCCCCCUCAAUAAUCACCCCUGAGACCCCCCCUCAAUCACCCGCCGGACACCUCAGACUGCUGCGGUUCCCCCCACCUCAAUCACCCUGGGACCCCCCUCAAUCACCCUGGGACCCCCCCCUCAAUCACCCCACAAGGACCCCCCUCAAUCACCCUGGGACCCCCCUCAAUCACCCUGGACCCCCUCAAUCACCCUGGACCCCCUCAAUCACCCUGAGACCCCCUCAAUCACCCUGGAGACCCCCUCAGUCACCCCUGGGACCCCCCUCAAUCACCCGGGACCCCCUCAAUCACCCUGGGACCCCCCCCUCAAUCACCCCUGGGGACACCUCAAUCACCCCUGGGGACCCCCCUCAAUCACCCUGGGACCCCUCAAUCACCUAGGACCCCCUCAAUCACCCUGGAGACCCCCCUCAAUCACCCUGGGACCCCCCUCAAUCCCGCCUAGGACCCCCUCAAUCGCCUGGACCCUCAAUCCCUUGCCCUGGGACCCCCCCUCAAUCACCCUGGGACCCCUCAAUCCGCCCUGGGACCCUCGUCUUCCCUGGGACCCCCCUCAAUCCACCCCUGGGGACCCCCUCAAUCACCCUGGGGACCCCCCCCUCAAUCACCCUGAGACCCCCCCUCAAUCACCUGGAGACCCCCCCCUCAAUCACCCCUGAGACCCCCCCCUCAAUCACCUGGGACCCCCCCUCAAUCACCCCUGGGACCCCCCCAAUCACCCUGAGACCCCCCCUCACCCUGAGACCCCCAUCGCCCUCAGUAAUAGCUCAGCAUGGACACACAGUGUGAUCUGGGCUGCAGCUUCUUUUAGUUUCAGACAUAUGGCUUUAUGGGCAUCCCAAACAGCCUGCUGCACAGCAAGUGACUUAUUGAAGGUAGACUACACACCUGCUGCAAGACUAUGAUUCUCCAUAAGCCCUUUCUGUCCUCUGGUUGGCAAGAGAUGAUGAUGAGUUGUGGUUAGAUAACAAUUCAGGGUCUACUUGUUGGUAACCCCCUGCUGCACAACAGGUUGUGCAUCAUGUAUUUGUCUGUGUAUAUUGUAAGUUUCUCCACUAAUUGUACAGCGCUGCAGAAUCUGUUGGCGCUUUAUAAAUAGGUGAGCUGUCAUGAGUGAGAUAGGUGCAAGGUCAGUCUGGGGGUAGGCAAGCUGUCUACUUUAGUAUUUAGGAAUUUCUGCUCCUUUUCCUGAUGGUUUUGUUGCCUGUUGCCUCCCUUUUCAGUAUUCUGUUUAUUAUGCACCCUGAUUAGACCAUAUGGAUUUAUAUAUUUUGAGGUCCUGAUGUCUGCACCCUUAUAGGACUAUUAAUUUUAUAAAUAAUAUAGUAAAAAAAAAAAAAAACAAUAUACACAUAUGCGCGCACACACAUCCCAGCAGAUUUACUUGUGAAAUUAAGCCAUCAUUGCAGGUGUUACUUAAUAUUAACAUUGGACACAGUAUCUACGGGUGCUCAUUUGGAAUUGUUUUUUCCCCUCUGUGAAGUUUUAUCCUACAUUUUGCAAAUUGGUUGUCAGUACACUUUGUAAUUUUUGUAAAUGGUUACUCUAAAAAUACAAUAGUACAAAGAAUUAGGGGAGCACAUAAAUGGUGCACAAAACUGUUUUCUUGUAUUGACAUACUUAAAUAUAAAAAGAAAAGUAACUGCUGUACUGAUCAUGCAAAGUGACUGGCAGGUAUCAUGCAUGAUGGAGGUCCCAUGGUGGCAAUCUAACAGGGUUAUUCGCUAAAGUAAGAAUUGCUGGGAAUGCAAAGUGAAUUUCAAAACUUAGGCUAAAGUAGCCUCAAUCAAAAUAGAAACAUUCCUAAAGUCAAUUCUGUUUUCAGUUUUACUAAUUUACCCUGAAACUUUCAAUUCACUUUGAAUUCCUGGCAUUUCUAGCUUUAGUAAAUAACUCUGCAAGUCUUGCGUGUGGUUACAGCAUGUGCAAUGAGAAUGGACUUAUUUUCCCCUCCAGUGGAGAGAGCCAAGCGCUGUCAGCAGCUCAAGCAGUUGCUGCAUCUAAUCUGGUUUGCAAACUUCGAAUUAGUCUGUGUAAAAACUACAUCAGUAUCAUGUAGUGUGUGGAUCUGUGGCAGAGAACUCCAUAUCCCAAAAUUCCCUGCUGGAGACAGGUUUUUGGGAUAGUUUAAAAAACAAACAAACAAAAAAAAAACCUAGGAUGAAAGGCUCCUAACUGGUGUAGAUAAGCAUUUUUUGAUAACCCUUCCAUUUUAACUAAAUCUUACAGCCCACAAUAUGUCUAUAUUAUGCAAGUGCUAAAUGGUUACUCCAAACAUUAUAACCACUGUGGUUAUUAUGCUUGGAUAAACCCUUUAAUGUGAUGUUAGACUUGCCCUGGUAAAAUCCCUCGGUAAGUGUAGAAAUUGUCUUAAAGGGACACUAUAGUCACCAGAACAACUACAGCUUAUUGAAUUUGUUCUAGUGAGUAGAAUCAUUACCUUCAGGCUUUUUGCUGUAAAUUUCACUGGUGCACGUGUCUAACUUUCCUCAUAGAGAUUUAUUAAUUCAAUUCAUCUCUAUGAGGAGAUGCUGAUUGGCCAGGGCUGUGUUUUGAAUUGUGCUGGCUCUGCCUCUUUGUCAGUCUCAGCCAAUCCUAUGGGGAAGCAUUGUGAUUGGAUCAUGCUACCACUUCUGCUGAUAUCAGUGGGCAGGUCUAAAGGAAACGGUGACAAAGCAAGCAGCUUCCAGACUUUAAUACAAGUAAGAUUUCUAUAUUCAGGGAGGCAUGAGGGGCUCAGGGUGGCUAGAGGGUGGUUUUAACCCUAUAGGGUCAGGAAUACAUGUUUGUGUUCCUGACCCUAUAGUGCUCCUUUAAUUGUGUCUUGCUGGGCUGCUUCCUCUAAUUGCUGCCUAAUGACAUCCAACUGUACAGAGGUCUUUUGCCAAAUAUGUCGGUUAUUCAUUGUCUGAGGGCGUCAUCUAAAAGCCCUCAGCUGAUGAAUGACCUUCUCUGCAAGAAAAAUGCACGGAAUUGACGUUAACCAGGCUGGAACUCUGGUUCUGGGCUGGCUAAUGACCCUGACGGAGGUGGAAUUAUACCUCUGCAAGCUGCAUAUAUCUGUGUGUGCAGCAUUUUAUUGAAAUGCUGCACAAUUGGGUUUCUUGCACCAUGCCCACUUCAUAGCACUGAAGAGAUCACAUUGCUUGGCUUGACCCUUUAAUGAUGUAGAAGUGUCAAAGUAAAUAAUUUGCUUCUCCAAAUUUUACAAAUAAUUAGAUAAUUGCAACCAUACAUAGUUUUAGAAUUAAAUUACUCUCGAGGUGCAAAUAGUAUCAGUCAUGUGUAUUAUUUUAUUAUCUUGUUACAUGUCGUACUACAGUUUCAAUAAAUUGUCUACUUUUUAUGUACAAUUAGUGUUUGCAUAUGGCUGGGGUCUCUUUGAAUCUAAAGCUGUAGCUUUCUAUGUGUCUCAAUCCUCAAAGUAUGCCGCAAACACAUUCACCUCAAGCCCUAUAAUAGAUAAAUGCAGUCUUUAUAUGUAUUUUUUUUUUUUUUUUAAUACAUGUCACAACUAAAAUUGCCAGUUAAGUAAAUUAAGCAAGGCUUUAAAGGGACACCCCAGAUCCCGAAGGCACUUUAGCUUGCUUAAAAACUUCUUGUGAGGUGGUUUUCAUUUUGAAAAAAGUGCAGAUUAAAAUAAAAAUGGAAGGUUUUAUAAAUUAACCGUGUUGCACCCCCUUGGCUUUUAAGCAGAUAACUAACCCUGUUACUUCCUGGUUUGCUUAGGCCCAGAGCACCUGUGUUGUAAAGACUUCUCAUUGAGCUGUAUUGUGAAGUCAGUGAUUGGCAAACCACAGAAAGUCUGUCGGGAAGGCUUGCAAAGGUUUCAGACAAAAGAUCUGCAGGUUUUGCAAGCUGUUUUUAUAUACCUUCAAUGGAAAAAAUGCAUAAUUAAAUGCAUGCACGUUUUCAUUUGUGGUAUAUCUACUAAAUAGUGAUUUUUAUUUUGUGUGUGGGUGGCGGAGUGACCCUUCAAGUGAAUUUGACAUAUUAUAAUUUGCUGCUGAUGGUAAAAAUGAAAAGAUAGCUCUGCCUUGAACAUUGGGAUCAUUUGACAUUGGUAACCACUGGUCUAAAUGGUUGAUCAAUAGUGGUUGACUAACCUUGGAUUUGGGAAUAGUAUUUGUUCCGUCUGUAAUGAGACAAGUGAACUAAAACUGAAUGAGGCUAACUGACGCAAACUGAUGUUUUUAUCCGUUCGUUUUGUCUUACACCCUGUUUUAGCUGAUACAUAUCUUCCGUUAGUAAUGCACAAUGCUAUACAUUGAACCCUGUUUUUAUAAAGAUGGCUGAAUGUGUAGAACAAGUAAGCCUUCACAAACGUCUAAGUGUGUGCAUGAAUAGUCACUUGUAUAUGAUUCCCCCAUGUUUGCUGUUUUUAAAAGAGGAAUUUAUAGAUUCUAACAUUCCUGGAAGCAAGGACUUGCUGUAUGCAGUAAGACAUGUUAUAGCUCUACAGUUGACAGCACAUGAAUGUAUUAAUAACAUAUAAAUUGAGAGAGAAAGUUAUGUUAUUGUGUUAAAAAAAAAAAAAAAAAAAUCCUUUAUUCAGACAUAAUCUUUUAAAAGUGUGGGCUGGACGGGAGGGAUUUGUUUUGUAACUGUUCUUCUUUCAUCCCCGUUUGCUGAGCCUUAGUGCCAAUUGUUGGCACUUAUACCACUACCGUAAUUUGGGAGGAAGCAUGUCAAGCUACUCACAUGGAAUUUGUGGGUACUUUUCAAUUAACUGUACUCCCCAGGUCAUCUUUGGUAUUCACAGUGCUUUUCGGAAAAGUGCAAUAAUGAAACCAGCAAUUCUAAACAACAGAUUAAGAUAAAGUCAGUAAUACCAACACCAGUGAAUACUGCCACUUACAAGACCACUCUCUGAGAAAACCCCACCAACACAUUCCACCAGAAUGGAGCCAGAUACCAAGGAAUACACAGGAUUGAUAAUACAUACCGAAUGCAUUGUACAUAAACAGUACAUCUUGUCUAUUGGUAUAUUUUUUUUUAUUUUUUUUUAUAUUGUAUGUAUUGUUAAUCCUGUGUAUUCUGUGGUGUCUGGCAUUCCUUUUGGAAAAGUACAACAUUUCCUUCCUCUGUCCCUUUUUAACACCUCACAUGAGUCACAUCCCUGCUUUACUUUGAACUCCAGACGGCUCACUUACUCUGUUCCUCAGAUACGGUUUGCAGGGAAGAAGAGAAGGCAAUUAAUCCCAGCUUGUGCUGUAUAUUGUUAUGGUUUUUCCUAUGUGUCAUAAGAUUAUAGGGGUGGGGGAACAGACUUAAAAUGAAAAUUACACCUCUUCUGACAAGUGAUUUGAAUCAUAUUAUAGAGAGUAUUUCUGGAGCGGUGUGGCGAGCUAGAAAAAUUUUAAUCCAUUUCUUUUGGCCCUUUAACACAAGAGAUGAACUCCGUGUUUGCUGACGUUGUUUUACUAAUUUUACCUUUUCAUUUUAUCUAGAUGAGCAACAACAGCAAUAAGAGAGCACCAACAACUGCAACUCAGAGACUAAAGCAGGACUACCUGCGGAUUAAGAAAGACCCUGUGCCUUACAUCUGUGCUGAGCCAUUACCUUCAAAUAUCCUGGAAUGGUGAGCUUACAUUAAGAACGAUACCGUGAAGCAGGGAACUAUUACAUCUUAAAGUAACACUGUAGGCACCCAGAUUACUUCGGCUAAUUGAAGUUGUCUGGGUGCUGUGACCCUUUUGCACUUAGUGCUGCAAUGUAAAACAUUGCAUUUGCAGAGAACUGCAAUGUUUACAUUGCAGCUCUAAGUCUGCCCUCUGUGGCUGUCUAACAGCCACUGGGGGCACUUCUGGAAUCAAAAUCGACCUUUGGUCCUCGCAGCGUCAGAUUUUCCCCAUAGGAAAGUAUUGAAUAAUGCUUUCCUAUGUGGAGGUCUAAUGCACGCGAGACCAUUGCCGCGCAUUAGGUCUCCCCCGCCGGCUGACAGCGAGAGAAGAGCAUGGGAGGAGCCCGACCCAGCGCCGAGGGACAUAGGCGCUAGAUUCAGAUAAGUAGCUGAAGGGGUUUUAACCCCUUCAGCGACAUGGGAUGGGGGUAGGAGGGAGGGGGGCACUCCAGAAGCCUAUAGUGCCAGGAAAACGGGUUUGUUUUCCUGCCAUAUAGUGCCAGGAAAACGGGUUUGUUUUCCUGCCACUCGGGAAUCCCUUUAAGUACUUGUCCUGACAGUGAAUGCUUCCAGUUUAUGUGACGUUUGGGACAUUCACAGGACACAGGAUUUUAGGAGGAGCAGUGAGCAUAGAAACUGUUUUUCUGUGUGAAAGUGUUGAUAAUUCAACCCUUGGACUUUAUUACUGUAAAACGAACCCCUCCAUGUUAUAGAAUUUUUAUUAAUCCUCGUAAUUUUAUACAGUGUGGAAGAUAUUAAAUUGCCAAUGGUGCUGCACUAACCUGUCCCCAGAAUUCUCAGCCAAACUCUGGCAUCCAGUUUGGCGGAAAUUGACACUCCAAUUCCCCAAAGCACUUCAGCUUAAAUGCAUGUCCGCAGAGGCUUGAUUUAGAAAAGUGUCAAUUUCAAGAGAAAUCUACACUGUUGUGAAGGCCUUAAGGGUUUCCUGGCUUAAUUGCUUUAAACUGUUGUCCAAAGCAGAAGUUGAAGCUUCUCAUAGUGAAGUCCUGGUUUCAAAGCUAAUUAAAGGGACAUUCUAGGCACUGUAAUAAUUUCUUCACAGUGAACUUAUUAUACUGCCUACAGUUCAGGUCCAAUAUAUGCCCAAUCUCUAGUUUAAGUAACAGCGAUCUGCUGAGUUCAGUUGUGUGUUUUGUUUUUUUUUUCCCCGUUUUUUUUUUUUUCUUUGUGGUUGUGCUGCUUUUGCACAUGUUUAAUGAUAUCUGAAAAUGGUGUUCUCCUGAAUUACUAGAUUCCAAGAUUAAAGUGCACCUGUCAUGGUACACAUAACUUGGUUUUAAAGGAAAACUUUAGGGUCAGGAAUAGAAACACAUAUUCCUGACCCGAUGGUGUUAAAAAUACAUGUAUAGGGUAUCUGGCCCCCUUUAAGAAAGUAAAAAAACAAUACAAACCAGCGCCACGUGGGUUCGCAUACCAUGUCACUGAUCCGCCACCUGUCACUGAUUCUCUGAAAAGGCAGUGUUUACAUUAAAAAGCCUGCUGGGACUGACUAUACUCACCAGAACAACUACAAUAAGCUGUAAACUCGUCUACCACCUGUCCAUCUUUCCUUGGCAUUAGACUUGUGUGCCUGCAGCAUACAGGACUAAGCAUAGGAUUGAAUGACCGGGAGAGGCAGGUCUUAUGUUAGUAUCACAGUGCUUUUCUCCCAGAAAGCGUUUUCCCAUGCUUGCAGAGGUAGUAAAUGAUGUGUUGAUGCCGAUGUCAUUAGAGAAGAUUGUCCUGCUGGGCAAAGUGUUCCCAAGCAGGGAGAAUCUUGGCAGAGAGGGUGUGUGUUUUAAUACAGUGUAACACUGACAUCCCUCAGGGAAUGGUGGCAAUGGAUUGAUAACCAUCAGGUGACUACUAAUAAAAAAGAGACAAAGGCAUAAAAAUGAUAUAAUUUAUCGCUAACAUACAGCCUCUCCCAAGGCAGUAAAUCUAUUAUUAAGUGAACGUGGGAUGGUGAAUUCACUUUAAAACCAUUGAACAUGUGGAAAGCUGUCAAACUGACUCACUGUCUUCGUGUUAUAUUUGCAUUAAAAGUAUGUCAUUGUAACUAUAUAGAAAGUAAGAUAUUUAAAUUUUACCGGAUUAAAGAAUAAUAGUAGGCAUGGACCUCAUUCAGAGGGAAAUCUACAACCCCUUGUUGUCUCAAAAAUACUUCCAUUACAUAAUAAUAAUACAUACAUGGGGUGAUCAAAAACAUUUCCCCCCUUUUCUUUUAAUGUUUGUUAUCCCUUUUCUUUUAAAUUAAUUAUUCACUACAUAAACAUGUAUGUUGUAUCUGAGAAUCUGGAAACUGCUCCUUCCUCUUUUAUCUGUAAGUAAUAAAAAUCCUUAUUUUAUUGCAAGUCUGUUUCCAGUUUACUAUCACAUGAUCGCAGAUCUCGCAUAAAGGGCAUUACGAUAACACAUGUGCAUCCAUCUACACGUGGAACCAAAGGUCCAAAAGGUUAUGCUUGUGUUUGUCCAUACAACCAUGGCCUGUUUUCCUGGACUGCACAUGAUUGGUGAGAGUUACACUGCCAAAUGGCAGAAGAAAUUGCUUCCUCCAGAUGCUGCAACUCCCACUAAAUCUCAGGAAGCACUAGGACACCGAUACCGCAGUGCUUCCCUUAGUGCCCCCUCACCAAACUACUGACUAAUGCACUACAGUAAACACUCUGCUAUAACAAAGUGUGUAUUAUGGUAAAAUGCCAUCUCUUCUUAUGUAUAUUCAUAAGCCACUCAGCCUUUUAGUAUAUUUUUAUUCUUUUACUUCUCAAGUGUAUGCAAAUUGUAAAUGUAGAUAUGCCAUUUUAACCUUUUAAAGAUCAGUUUCAAGGUAGAAGUUUCACAAUCCUAAUUGGAGCUUUUUGAAAGUGAUUAACACCACAGCAAGGUUUAUAAACACCAGUAAUAAUAAGGUGCACUAAUCCACAUACGUGUUUAUUUGGGAGUUGUCUUUCUAUUGUUUACAUUGAACACUAUGGGUUUCUUAUUUAAGUGUUAAUGAAUCCUUAUAAAAGAAGCAUUUAUCCACAAUACAUGUGCUAAUUUUAUUUGAAGUAAAAAUAAUUUGCCCUAGAUACUGGCUUUUUAAAAUUUGUUUCCUGUAUACACAUUUCCUUAAUCUCCUUUUUAAUUUGAUUGGCAUCAGGGAGUGGAGAACUUGCAUGAUGUGGGGGCUGCUGAUAUCUUUGGAUGUGCUUUGUGUGCCUCUUUCAUACUUUUUAUUAUUAGUGUAUUUUAGUGACUUAUUAGGUUGAGAAAAUAAUCGUAUAUGGAACAUUUCCACUUUAACCCCUUAAGGACCAAACUUCUGGAAUAAAAGGGAAUCAUGACAUGUCACACAUGUCAUGUGUACUUAAGGGGUUAAAGGGACACUAUAGUCUCCAAAACACCUUUUGCUUCAUGAGGCAGUUUUGGUGUAUAGAACAUGCCCCUGCACUCUCACUGCUCAAUUCUCUGCCAUUUAGGUGUUAAAUCACUUUGUUUAGGCAACCCUAGUCACACCUCCCCUGGCUGUCAAUGACAUAGCUUGCAUUGGGGGGGAGCUGGUGGGGGGACGGGAGUAAAGUAACCUACUUUAAAAGAUUUUAUCUCCUGCUCUAUAAAUUAAACUUUAAUUACACAAAGGAGGCUUCUGCAGGGUAUAGCAAGCUGUUACCGAGCAGGAGAUACAACAUUCUAAAUUAAACAGAAUUUGCAACAAUGAAGGAUAAACUUUAGAUGACUCUUUACAGGAAGUGUUUAGGAUUUAGUAAGUCACAUGCAGGGAGGUAUGACUAGGGCAGUGUAAAUAAAUUGUGUUAACUCCUAAAUGGCAGAGUAUUGAGCAGUGAGACGGUAGAGCUAUGUCUAUGCAACAAAACCCCUUCAUUUAAAGGACCACUAUAGUGCCAGGAAAACACUAGUUUUCCUGGCACUAUAGUGCCCUGAGGGUGCCCCCACCCUCAGGGUCCCCCUCCCGCCCGGCUCUGGAAAGGGGAAAGGUGUUAAAACGUACCUUUUUCCAGCGCUGGGCGGAGAGCUCUCCUCCUCCGAUCCUCCUCUUCUCCUCCCCGUCAGCUGAAUGCGCACGCGCGGCAAGAGCUGCGCGCGCAUUCAGCCGGUCACAUAGGAAAGCAUUCAUAAUGCUUUCCUAUGGACGCUGGCGUGCUCUCACUGUAAAAAUCACAGUGAGAAGCACGCAAGCGCCUCUAGUGGCUGUCAAUGAGACAGCCUCUAGAGGAUUAGGGGGAAGGCUUAACCCAUUCAUAAACAUAGCAGUUUCUCUGAAACUGCUAUGUUUAUGAAAGAAUGGGUUAACCCUAGCUGGACCUGGCACCCAGACCACUUCAUUAAGCUGAAGUGGUCUGGGUGCCUAGAGUGGUCCUUUAAGGGAUUCUAUAGUGGAAGGAAAACAAACCCUUUUUCCUGGCACCAUAGGCUCCAGCAGUGCCCCCUGCGGUGCUGAAGGGGUUAAGGGUUAAAACACCUUCAGUCACUUACCUGAAUCCAGCGCCGAUGUCCCUCUGCACUGGGUCAGGCUUCGCCCAUGGUCCUCCCUGACGUAAGCGGGGAGAGAACUAAUGCACAUGCACGGCAAUGGCUGCGCUCACAUUAGGAUUGCCUCAUAGAAAAACAUUAUUCAAUGCUUUCCUAUGGGGAAAAAUCUGACGCUGGAGGUCUUCAUGCAGAGCCAAGUCUGUUUAGAUUCUGGAAGUCCCUCUAGUGGCUGUCUGGUAGACAGCCACUAGAGGAGGACUUAACCCUCAGAGGUUGUAAUUGCAGUUUCUCAGAAACUGCAAUUAUUACCACUGUAGGGUUAAGAGACAUGGGACAGUGAGUUAAAGGGGUCUGGGUGCCUACAGUGUCCCCUUUAAGCUAACGUUAUGUUGCACAGUCUUUUGUAUGCAUUUGUUUGAGAAUGAAUCUUGUGGUUCCACUUACUUUUCUAAUCUGGGCCUUUUUUAGGUUCUUCUCGAGUUACAGGAAAUGAUGAUCUAAUUAGUGUCUCCUUUGCUUUCUAAGAAAGGGAAACGAAUCCCAUAGCCACAUAGGCAGCGUUUCCUCUUUAAUGUUUGCAGGCUUUGGUGUAUCAUGCCGCUUUCAGUGUAAACGCUUACUUGUUUGAGCCACAGAUGCAGCGUUUCCUUUUGUGUAUGUUUCGGUGUAAAUCUCUACUUGUUUGAUCAAGUAGAGAAUGUAAAAUGAAACUUGAAACAAGCCUGAAAAUAACAUUUUCAUACCUUGUGCUCCCGACCUUCACAUUCACUCCUUGUGCCAGCUCAGAAACCAGUGAACGGAUACAUCCCUUGGACAACGUAAGACCUCACAAGUAGUAAACAGAAAAGACCUGGUUUAGGUUUAGUGACCUGCAAUGGCUAUCCCACGGCAUUAGAUAAAUAUUUCUGUGAAAUGUGGUUAUUCUCUUUACACACAGGGCAGUGCACAAUUGUGCAGUUCUAUAGUCUCUCGACAUCAGUAGAGGAUAAGGGGUUUGGAGUUGUGAGAGAGAGACAUUGUUAUUUGAUCCUGGAACCUUAGUGACCGUGGUGCUGUUUAAGAAAGUGCUGAUUAGAGCACUAUAAUGGUCAUACUACGGCUGUCUUUCCACUGCCAGGCCAGUACUACACACCCACAUAUGUUAAUUCGGCUGAGUAAGAGACGCCGCAAAGAAUUGUGGGCACGCAACUACAUUAUUGAAGUUUGGUUUUCAGAUGUUGGGGGCCCUGUACAUGCUUCUAUUUAUUGACCUUCUCAUUUAUAUACAGCAUGUAACAUUGAUGAGAACACUAGCUGACUACUGUACAUGUUUAGACACUCUUCCUGUGCUAUCUUCUUAUAGUUACUUUUGCAUUUACGCACCCUGGCACUUCAUUCGUGUGCGGCACACUUUUGGAUGCAAGCAUGGACUGUCACUUGGCUAGUUAGAAGUUAAGUGAUAAUUAUAUUUUUAGAAAGCUAAUUUCUAUGCUUUUUUGUGCGUUUUAAGGUUGGAAUUACUUCAAAAACUAGAACAGCAUGGAUACUGAAUGUAAAUUUUCAUGUUUUGUUUUAUUUUUUAAAUGUAUUUGUUCUUUGCUUAUUGCAGGCAUUAUGUGGUCCGAGGUCCUGAGAUGACACCUUAUGAAGGUAAACUACUGAUCACCAGUGUUUUGUGUUUUGUUUUUUGUUUUUUUGUGGGGAGGAAGAGGGAUGGGCAUAUAAUCAUGAGCAAUUAAAGUAAUUCUCUAGUGUAAGGAAUACACAUACAAAGUUGUAUUCCUUCCACUAUAGUUCCUUCUAGCCACGUGCCCCCUCCCUUUACUGACACUUGAUGUCCUCACGCAGAGCAUGAGGACUUCCAGUGUCAGGCGACUAAAAGUCACAUAGCCACCAGGAAAUGCCUUUAGUGGCUGUCUGCCACUAAAGGCAGUCGUAGUUUCUCAUAAAUUGCAAUGAUUUACAUUGCAGGACUAAGUGGAAAUGGGACACUGCAACCAUACCACUUAAAUGAGCAUAAGUGGUCUGGGUGCCUAUAGUGUUCCUUUAAUACAGGGGUGUCCAAAAGGUAGAUCCACAGAUGUUUUAAAAUUACAGCUUACUUGAUGCUUUGUCUUUCUAAAGGCAUACAAAGCAUAAUGGGAGUUGUAGUUCUAUAACUUCUGGGGAUCUACCUUUUUGGGAACCCCUGCUUUAAUAGAAAAAAAUUAGGGUCCAAGCAGCAGAUAUACAACUGUUGUACAUAACUCCUCAUAAUAUGCAAGAAGCCACAGGAGUUGUUGUUAUCUAACUGCUAAACGCCGAAUGCUAUCCCCUGCUUUUUUUUUUGCACUUGGUGACAACUACUGAUAACCUGUGUAUUACUGAGCAUCUAUAUACCCUUUAAAAACACCUCACCUAGGCAUAAAUAAUGUGGGUUUAGUUGCAAUAUAUGAUCAUACAUUGCAUAAGCCUGUCACAUCGUCAAUGUACCACAUUCUUGGCAGUUCCUACUCUGGCAGCCUAAUGCCUGCUCUUAUGAGCUUACUCCACUUACUUGGGAAAUUCUUCCUCCCGGACUCUCUGAAGUGCUAGGUUAAAUAGGGUCCUGAAAUGAGGCAAAUGUGGAAGGGGUACAAAACUGGGGAGUUGGCCUGGACUCCCAAAUAUAUUUAUAUAUGAUACCAAGAGGGCUACACUCCCCUGAACAUGCAUUCAUUAUAAGGGUGCUGCUGGAGCCAAAUCAUACAACAUAGACAAUCCAGCACACUCACUCAUUCACUAAACAGCAAUUCCAAGGUUCACAGAGUGUAAUAGUUUUAUUUAUUUUUAUCAUUUUUUGAGAUAUAAUUUUUUAUAUAAAUAAUGUCCACCUCUACAAAACAGCAGUUAGUGAAGUACACUUCACACGAUGCUCGGCCAGCCUAAAGUGUCAAAAUUAGCCGACACUAAUAUAGAUGUGACAUUUGGCACUGUGAAUAACUAUUUAUUUAAAGAAGUGUCACUUUCAGAUGCUUGUUGCCACAUUUGCCAAAAUCAUUCAAUAUUUGUCUUAUUUCUUUUGAUUUAUGGUGUAAUUUCUAUGGAAUUCCAGUGCAGUCUGAGUCUUUCAUUAAAGUUUUCUCUUUAUAAAACUCCUAAAUUACAGUUCUGCUUUAAUAUGUGUGUGUGUGUGUAUAUAUAUAUAUAUAUAUAUAUAUAUAUAUAUAUAUAUAUAUAUUUUGUAUGUGUAUGUAUUCUAUCUUCAUGUAGAAUAUUUUAUUUUUUAUUCUGUUGUCCCCCAGGUGGAUAUUACCAUGGCAAACUUGUAUUUCCCAGAGAAUUCCCCUUUAAACCACCUAGUAUUUAUAUGAUCACCCCUAAUGGACGAUUUAAAUGUAACACACGGUAAGGAUUCCUAAUUUAGCUAUUUCUUUUAUGCUUUACUAUAGGAUUGCCUUAAUAUUAGAUAUGUUUUGGUUGCCUAUGUAUUUUAGAUACUCUAAAUGUGUACUUACAAAAUAUAUUCAAAAGAGGAAGGCAAAAUAUCAACUGGCGCUAUUGCAAGGACUGUGAUUUUAGUAUAGUUUUGUUAUACACUGCCUGGCCAAAAAAAGUCACCAUAAAAAAAAAAAGGUCUUUAGCUUUGAUUACGGCACGCAUUCGCUGUGGCAUUGUUUCGAUAAGCUUCUGCAACGUCACAAGAUUUAUUUCCGUCCAGUGUUGCAUUCAUUUUUCACUAAGAUCUUGUAUUGAUGAUGGGAGAGUCUAACCACUGCGCAAGGCCUUCUCCAGAACAUUCAAAAGGUUCUCAAUGGGAUUAAGGUCUGGACUCUGUGGUGGCCAAUCCAUGUGUGAAAAUGUCUCAUGCUCCCUAAACCACUCUUUCACAAUUUGAGCCCGAUGAAUCCUGGCAUUGUCAUCUUGAAAUAUGCCCGUGCCAUCAGGGAAGAAAAAAUCAAUUGAUGGAAUAACCUGGUCAUUCAGGCAGUCAACUGACCUCAUUUUUUGGGGCGCAUGAUGUUGCGGAACCUAGACCUGACCAACUGCAGCAACCUCAGGUCAUAGCGCUUCCCCCACAGGCUUGUACAGUAGAUACUAGGCAUGAUAAGUGCAUCACUUCAUCUGCCUCUCUUCUUACACUGAUGCGCCGAUCAUUCUGGGCCAGGGUAAAUCUGGACUCAUCAGACCACAUGAUUUUCCUACCGUUGUUCCAGAGUCCAAUCUUUAUGCCCCCUAGCAAAUUGAAGCCUUUUUUUCCGAUUAGCCUCACUAAUAGUUUUCUUAAGGCUACACAGCUGUUCAUUCCCAAUCCCUUGAGUUCCCUUUGCAUUGUGCGUGUGAAAAUGCUCUUUUUUGACUAUUAAACAUAGCCCUGACUUCUACUGUUGCUUUUCUACAAUUUGAUUUCACCAAGCGUUUAAGUGAUCGAUCACGACCAAUCAGGAUUUUAUCCGGCCACUAUUCUUCCUCGAAGGUGAUGGUUCCCCACUAUCCUUCCAGUUUUUAAUAAUGCGUUGGAGAGUUCUUAACCCAAUUUUAGUAGUUUCUGUAAUCUCCUUAGAUGUUUUCUCUUGAUGCAUGCCAAUGAUUUGACCCUUCUCAAACAGACUAACAUCUUUUCCACUACCACGGGAUGCGUCUUUCGACAUGGUUGUUUAAGAAAUGAGAAACUACUCAUUGCAUCACUUGUGGUUAAAUAACUUGUUUCCAGCUGAAAGAUGAUCACCCAUGCAGUAACUAUCCAAUAGGAGGCUUUUACCUAUUUGCUUAGUUAAAUCCAGGUGGCGACUUUUUUUGGGGCCAGGCAGUGUAUAUAGUCAGUUUAUUUUAGAGUAUUGUGGAGGGGGAUAUGGUAAGUGCAGCAGAUGCAGACAUGUGGGUUAAAUUAUUAAAAUCAAGAAAUAUAACUGGCUUUCCCCUUAUGUAUUUUUCCCGCAGUCUCUGCCUUUCAAUAACAGACUUCCACCCAGACACCUGGAACCCUGCAUGGUCGGUCUCUACAAUCCUAACUGGUCUGCUCAGCUUUAUGGUGGAAAAGGGACCCACGCUUGGGAGCAUAGAAACGUCAGACUUUACAGUAAGCAUCAAUAACUCCAUCUGGAAAGCCAUUUGUAGAUUUUGUAUUUUUAUUUUGUUUUAAAACGGAAACUUCACAUACCAUAACAAUUUAUAAGUUCUAAUGCAAGGAUGUCCCCUGUCCUUUCUUCGUUUUUUACAAUUGUUUUAAAUACACGUUUAUUCACAGUACAGUAUCCAGAAUUCUUCCUAUACAAAGGAAGGAAUUGCAAGAAUUCAGUAGAAAAAGAAUCAUGAACAUGGACUUGAGCUUACAGUUAUGACAUCCUUAGUGAGCACUACAGAUUACAGCAUUUGCCAGAUUAGAGAGCUCUAACAUCAUGUAUACAUAAUAGUGUGAGAACCGUUUGAACUGUAAAAGGUGAACUGCGUCGGCUCCGGUGAGCUAAACAUUGACCAUCUCCCUCUGCCAUCCAAAAAAUCUUACCUAAGGCCAUCUGAUGGUUGUCAAAUGUCUCCAUACUUAUCCUUGCGAUACGUGGCCUUUUGUGGGUACCAUUGUUUUGUGUGUACCAGUUAUUAGGAAAAAAAGUAACUGGUGCAGUAACUGAUAUGAAAUAGUAUGUAAACACAAAAGAUGCAACAUGUAUGUAUGAGCAAAAAGUUGAUUCCAAACCAAAUAUAAUAUAAAUGACCUAAUAUGGAUGGUAGUGCAAAAUCAUAUGUUUCCCAAAUAUUGGGGGGUGGGGGGGAAAUGGGUGGUAUACACCUUAGUGCUCUACUGUAGAGGGAUUUUGGUGGUAUCAGUGUCUGGCUUAUACAUCAAAGAUGAUGGUAACAAUUCUAUUUUAAUUCUAUAUUGUAAGGAAUCAGUUUGCACACUGUAGAAUGUGACAAAUUCCAAUUUGUUUACUAGACCCAUUAGGUGGUACUGUCAUUCUAAUUAUUAUUGAAGGAGAUAUUGGGUGCAGUUGUGAGGAAUUCAGUAGAUAAGUUUAUAAUGCACUUUAGCAGCAGCUUGUACAGUGCGAUGUUAUCUCCCCAUAGUGCUCCGGGUACACUUCUGCACUCUUGUACAUUUACUGAGAAAUGCUGUAGAACAGCAUUCACACUCUUGUCACAGUGAGGGACAACUUUAUUUUCUUGGAAUAUCCUGGCUGUGCCAAGCAGUCAAGAAUACAAUUUUAAAAUAGUCUGAUUUCUUUUUUUUUUUUUUUUUUUAAAUAAAAAUACAACUCAUUGCUAAUUUUUUUUCUGACUGUGCAAAAAUCUCUCAUUACAGUGUCCUUUUAAGGUGGUUUCACAAGAAUGAGUUACAUUUGCUAUCCUUGAAAAGAAGAAAGAAACCCUGAAUAACGUCUAUUGAUUUUUCUUUUUUAAAAACUCCUUAUGCUGUUAACUUUGCACAGAGCUUUACGUCUGCCACACCUACACACUCACACUCCCUCUCCUCCUCUUUCAUAUAAUAACUAUAACUGUUUUCCUGCCUCUGACAAACUGUUAAUAUGCAGUUUUUUUUGAGUGAGCUGGAACAGAUGCUUUUGUUUGUUUGUUCCAUUGAAAACUGAAAUAAUAUUUGUAUUUUGUAUGCUUCACAGAAACGACAACUAGCAGCACAAAGUUUAGCAUUCAAUUUAAAGGACAAAGUUUUUUGCGAACUGUUUCCAGAAGUAGUAGAGGUAAGGCUUCGCCUCGAUCAUAAACAACCAAACAAAAAGAAACAAAACUUAAAAUUGUAGAUAUUCGUUAUGUCUCCCAUUUGGUACAUAUUCUCCAAACGGUACCUGGAAUAAUGUGUACCUGAUCCAGGGUAUCUGAUGUCAUUCGCACUGCCUCUUGCUGAGAGAGAAUGUAUGUGCUGACGGGUUAUGCUCACCAGCUAGAAACACAUACAUUUUGACACGAUCUACAAGAAAACAAAUCUUAGAAUUGUGUUUGUAUCUAGACCCUGGAAUGAGGCAUUCCUUCAAGCUACUAUGGUAACAUAGUUGUUUAUCAAUAAAAGUACAAUGCAUGGGAUAAAUAUAUUCCGAUUCCUGGAUUUAUUAUCCAAACUCACCCUUUACCCAUUAUAACCAAACUUUGCUAAUUAAUUUAACAUGCAAGCUUUCUGAAACUUGAUGUUAAUAGCGGGAUUUUACAUAAAAUUUAUCUGUUAACCUCUGCUCACUAUCUAUGUAUCUAUUUUUCUUCUUCAGGAAAUAAAACAGAAACAACGGGCACAGGAAGAACUUAACAACCGACCACAGACUCUUCCACUCCCAGAUGUUGUGCCAGACACAGAAGCUCACCUCGGGCAAAAUGGAGCUGCAAUUCUAAAUGGUCACGUUCCUUUGGCAGCCGGAAAUCAUGCUGGUCUGCAACAACCAAACCGUAACCAUGGACUUCUUGGGGGUGCAUUGGCUAAUGUCUUCGUUAUAGUGGGAUUUGCAGCCUUUGCAUACACAGUUAAGUAUGUACUGAGAAGCAUAGCUCAGGAAUGAGAGGUUCAUCUGAACCUCCCAAGAAGAAUCAGAGACCAAACUAGCGCUAGUCAGGAAGAAAAAUGAACUAAUAGGAGGAGAUGGACUCAUUCAGCGCCAUGUCUGGUCAUAACUAUUUGCGCUACACUCGUACAGGUGAUCUUUCAGUUGGCUCAUGGGUUUAUAAUUCUUUUUAGAACGUGAGAAGAGUGCGUAUUUUUCCAUGGCGGCAAAGAAAAGUAAGAGAAUCUGUUCUGUGUUCAAUAGUCUUUUUGGUUGUUUGUUGAUGGCUACCAGAUGUCCUCAUUUCUACAAUCUUUACCAUCUACUUUAAUACAGAAAUGAAUCACGUUUUAAGUAAAGUAAGUUGUAGCUCCUUUUUUCCUUUAUUUUCUUCCUUCCUCUUAAUCAUCCUAAAUGCUGCAAGGAAAUAUCAGACAGCUUUUCUGUGACUACCAUCUUACUGAGAAGAUGAGCCAGGGCUUAUUAGACUGCCUUUUGGUGACCAACAACUCUCAUAGAAGAUGCUGGAGCUGGAUACAGCUGUUCUGUUUUGCCACCGUUCUUAGAAGAUUACAUCUGGGACUAAUCUAAGCUUUCUUCAUUGCGUACCCACUACACCAUGUCUGCCACAAUGCAUUGCCUUGUUUUGGAAGGCAACCAUAAAGUGAUUCUAAGUCCCUAUAUUUAAUAAUAUACUUGUAUUCAUGUGUUCCUUUUUAAGUUGAGAUGUAAAUUUUAGAUAUGACAGCUGGUAUUUUAAGAUGAACUUUGGAAUUGUUAUAUAUCAGUUAAUUUAUAUCCUAAUAAAAUUGGAUAUUAACCUAGAAGACUCCACAAAAACCUUUAUUUGUUACAUGAAUGAUUCUCCAUAGUCUGUUACGUCUAAAAACAAACAAAAUCCUGCCAUUUUUAUUAUUUGGUCACAGACUACAUUGUAGUAAAAAAAAAAAAAAAAGGCUAAUCUUAAUCACCCCACGGUUUACUUGCCAUACUGUUAGACGAAUGUAUUGUAUUUAUUUUUCCAAAUCACAGCACUCAAGUCAAUGUAGUUUUUCAGAAAAGCGAAAUUUGAAAAUCUAGUUCCUGCUCCCAAAAUGUCUUGUACAGUGAAUGUUUGUAUUUUUUACAAAAAUAGCGUGUAUUUUCCAUCUUUUCCACUAGAUGGAGAAGUAUGAGAAUUCAGUGAGAAUUGUAGUUCUGGCACUACUGUAUCAUAAAAUGACAUGUGACGGACAUUUUCUUAAAAUGCUAGACAGGUAAAUAAAAGGUCCAAUUUUGGCCAACGGUGUAAUCUUGUUCGUAGCUUAAUCAUUUUGGUGAGUCUGGUACUUUUUGGUUGGCAUUAUGUAAUCCCAAAUCUAGUGGACAUUAUCACUAGUUGAAACUGGUAUCAUUCAACCCAAAUUUAAGACUUCCAGUCUGCAUAUCAUGGACCAAUCCUGAACCUG